CGGUUGCCGUGAAGAGUGCGAUACGGAUAAUAUGUAGAAAAAAUUUAGUUCUUUGCAGAUAAUACUUCUGAAAUGGCCACGUAAAUGGUUUAAAUUCAUUGCAUAUAUUGCAAAAUAUAUGGAAAUGACUGAUUUUUCAUAUAUUGAUGUCAGAUAGACACAAUUCUGCAAACUUCUAUUUUUAUGUUGAUCCGAUGAAAAACUAGAACAAGGACAGUGUUGCACAGGUGAAUAUUCGGACUUCUAACUACGAAAUACGGUGACGAUGAAGGUAUAUCGCCAAGCACAAAAAUCCCAGUAGCAGAGAGGAGGGCGUGUCACAACACUCUAGUAAGCAACCCUCCAGAAUUGCUUCGAUUUAGAGAUCAUCCAUCCAGUCGUCCAUCUACGUUCAGUAUUUGUGGAAAAACUGUCCACUGGCGAGAAGAAAUAAAGUUCUUCUCACUCGUCCGAAAUGACCGAGAUAAAAAACAAAGACAGAAUUUUGGAAGCGAUUGACCAACUCCGUCGUCGUAAAGCGAGACCUGAUAUUGACAGAAUCUGUAAUUUUGUGUUCAGAAGAUUUGGAGUGGACUGUAAAGACACACUAGCCGAUUUGCAGCGGCUAGUAGAGGCUGAAGUUGUCAUAAAAGUAGAAUACAAAGGAAACACGAGUUACAGAAAUGCAGCAAAAUGGUCAAAGUAUGCAAUGUACAAACACAGAGAACUGCGUAACAGCACGGGAUCUACGGAGAUUCACAACAUUCUGAGUCGAGCAUUCGCGUCCUUGUUGGUGGAGGACCCAGAUUACCUGGACAUCGGUGUGCCCAGGACAGAACUGGAAAGGUUUAUGCUACAAGACGAUCCUCUGACGGAUUUGACGGAAAUAGAACUAAUUCUGACGAAGGAAACCAGCUCGGGAUUUCUGGUCAAGCUGAAGAACGGGAAUUACUCCCUCGCGGACCAUCCCGUGCCACCGAGUACUAGCCCGAAGAGUACUUCCCCCGUGAACAAUACCUCCAUCACCGUCCAGGCCAAAGGCACACAGCAGAGCAUUAGCGUGAAUGCUGCCGAGAAGCCGCCAAAAUUGAAAACGAGCAGCCCUCAUAAGGAGAAGAAACCAAAGAUAGAGGCACUGCCGCCUCCUGCGAUCACAACCACUACAGUUACUACCUCGUCGCCAGUGGCCACUACGACCACCUCGACGGCAACUGCACCGACGACAGCAAGCAUGGCGAAAACACCGACGAAAACUGCACCGAAAACGCCUCAAAAAGCAGCCGCUGCGAGUGCACAGGCGUCAGGGAGCGGCAAAUCGGCAGAGCUCGGCGCCAUCAAUGUCGGCGGCUACAGAGUCGGAGUACGGAGAAAGACGGCGAAAAAGGUGUUCGAUCCUUCGGACAAUUACACGCCGACACGGAAACGUGGUCGUCCGGCUGGAAGUGGUAGUAGCAGCAAGAAGGAAGUGCAGCAGACAGGCGGCGUAUGCUGUCUCUGCAACAGCAGCAGUAAAGACACCAGCACUCGCAAGGCUGCUACCGAGAAAUUACUCCAGUGCAGGGACUGCUCAAACAGAGCUCAUCCAAGCUGCAUAGUUGGAAAAAACAGUGGGAAGGAAAAACCACAGUUGAGUCAAUGGGUUUGCCAUGGCUGUAAAUUGUGUGCUUUCUGCUUUGAGACAAGUGAAAAUGAAGCAAUGGCAGUUUGUGUGGAGUGUGGAGAUGCAUACCAUUUGACAUGUCACAACCCACCUAUAACUGAAGAACAAUGGCAUACUAAGUGGCUGUGUUCUUCUUGUGAUGAUAUUGACAAGGCUGAUAUCAAGCCUCCUGUUGAUAUCAAACCACCUGUUGACAUCAAGCCUCCUGUCGAUAUUAAGCCAUCUCUCGAUAUCAAGCCGCCUCUGGAUAUCAAACCAACAAUAUCGAAAGUUACUACAGCUGCAGAAGUUACAUCAACUACUGCACCAGACAAAAUUAAACGUUUAAUAGAAGAAGACCCGUUUUUUAAAAAGUAUGUUCCAAAAGAAAAAACUCCUGACCCUACAAAUUGGACAGUAGAUGAAGUUUGCAAGUAUUUGCAGGAACACGGCUGUGCUGCUCAAGCAGAAGCUUUUCGUCAUCACGAAAUUGAUGGAAGGUCAUUGUUGUUGCUAACACGUCGUGAUGUGCUGUAUGAACUUGGUCUUAAAUUGGGCCCUGCCCUCAAAGUGAAUCACUUUGUGCAACUAUUACAGAAGAAAGAUAUCAGAAAAGUUUUCCCAUUCAAUGAAAUGUUGCGUUAAACAGAAUGGAAAUGGUGAUCAGUGGCUCUAAAAUGAUCAUCCUAGUGUUGAUUUUCAAUGAUGUCAUUACUGGCAUGAAGAUGCUAAAGGCAGAUAAAAAAGUUUCUGUGUUUUCCAUAUUUAGUGAGUAGUUGGUGGUCUCUGUGAUGUACUUUUUCUAUGCCAAAGCAAGAAAGACAAUAAAAAGUCUGACAAUUACUUUAGAUUGUAAAGUUAUAUGGAAGAUUUAAUAAAAUCUGAUGAUAAAUA